AUGGUAGAUUACAGCAAAUGGGAUAAACUGGAGGUCAGCGAAAGCGAGAAGGAUUCAGAGGAGGAGGAGUUAGCACCAAGAAAGCACCAGCUGCCCCCGCGCCCUCCCCCCAGCAGCAGCAGCAGCAGCAGCAGCAGCAGCAGCAGCAGCAGCAGCAGCAGCAGCAGCAGCAGCAGCAGCAAGAAGGGAAUAGAUUACAGCAAGUGGGAUAAUAUAGGAGAAGAAGAAGAAGAUGAAACACCGCAUGCACCGCGUGUUAGGCGUUUAGGGAAAGAUGAGGCGGUGACCAUUGGUCCAUUAGGUUUCGAUAUACAUACAAAAGAAGAAGCAGCAGCAAUACGCCAGCAGCAACAGCAGCAGAAGCAGCAGCAGCAGCAGCAGCAGCAGCAGCAGCAGAUGAGAGAGAGAGAAGAAAUGCUGCAGCAGUGGGUUGAGGAAGAACAACAAAAAACAAUAAAUGAAACGGGGAUGUCUUUUGAGGAUGCAUAUGAAUGGCCUCGUUGUGGUGUUGCUGCUGCUGCAGCAGCAGCAGCAGCAGCAGAAUUUCCAGCAGCAGCAGAAGAAGCAGCAGCAGCAGCAGCAGCAGCAGAUACAGCAGCAGCAGCAGCAGCAGGGGGUUAG